AGCAUGUGAUGUAGCGGCGGUUAAUACUGGAGCGGAAGGACUCUGAGGACGACGGUUUGCUCUGCAGAUGCUGGGAUGGUUUUCCUCAGACGGAGGCGGCUGCUUCGCUACCUGCUGCUGUCCACCACGCUGGCUCUGCUCCUCCUGAUCAGCUCCUUUUGGCUGCCUCAGGGCGAACAAGGAAACUGCGGCUCACUGUGGCAGCCAUGUUUGAAUAAUUUCCGCCAAACGCCUCUGGAUCCUCCCGUCCUGGCGGAAUGGCUGCAGACAGAAGAAGAAGAAGAAGAAGCGGUCUUCAUAAAGGAAUGUCCUGGACAGACGUUUCAGGCCAGGAAGCUGCUGCUUUAUCUCAGAUCCAGCUUGGCUGAAGAUGGCGAGGACAUCCUGCUGGAGCCAUACCUGCUUAGCUGGGAUCAGCUUCUCAACUUCAUGGAGUCUCUGGGAACAAUGGUCAGUUUAUUUUCUCAGAAAGUGAAAGAAAAGACCGAACUGAUUCGAGAGCUCUCCCUGAAACAUGGUUUAGAGUUUCAAAGGGAAUCAGCUGGUUCCUCUGGACAACAAGCCACAGCAGCAUUUGGAUCAAAGACAGGGGUGUACCGAUCUGUUCGAUCCAUGGUGGAGGGGGAGCUUAAAGCGGGCCAGGUCAACUUCUCCUAUCGCACGGAUUCAGGCUGCAGAACUCUGCUGCGGCUGCAUCGAUCCCUGCUCUGGCUGAAGAUGAUGUUAGAGGGUUUGUCUAAAGGACCAGACUCUGAGGGACGAUACAAAACGCCUGGAGAGCUCAGCAGAGAUGCCUAUAAGGUGGCGCUGGCCCCCCACCACCCCUGGAUGCUCCGUCAGGCGGCGGAGAUCGUUUUCCUCGCUCUUCCCGACAGAGAGUACUUCCUGCAGCUGGUGUGUGUGAAAAAACAGGAGGAGGCCACGCCUGUGCUGCGCAUCAUCAUCCAAGCCCUUUCGGUAGUGCACACACGGACUCAACGGAUCCUUAAGAAGUACGACAUGUUGGAGCUGCCCUGAACACGACACCGCACCCUCUGAAGACUGACACAUCCUGUCACUACUCAGCAAGAAAGACAAUAGAGACUUUAGAUAUACUGGUGGUCUGGAAUAAAAGAUAUUUAAUGCUUUUUUAUGCUGAUGGUACAAAAAUGCAAGUUUUUAAUGAGGGGUAAUUUAUUAACUACUGUUUUUAACAGCAGUAACAUAUGUAAGAUUUAAUUUUAUCUUUAAUUAUUAGCGGGUCUCUGCCUUUUAGCUAGUUAUUCUAAUUAUAUGGUAUGCCCUCGGGGAUAAAAUAACACUUUAGGUAGACACCAAAUACUUUGGAAGAUCCAAGUCUUGGUUACUAUGGUUACCCAUUGUAUUUUGGAGGAGCAGAUGGAGAAGCAACUGAGACAAUUCUUGUAUCUAGACUUCCUAACCAAGCAGUAAACCUUGUCCUGACCACGCUCACAAUUACUUGUGUCAAAAUUGCUGUGGAACCUGAGGAAAUAGUCUUUACAGACAUUUUAACAUCUGCGUCUUACAAGGCUUUGAUUUACUCCACUCUGUAAAGCCUUGAACUCAACGCUAUUUCUAAAUAUUUUAAGUGAAAAAGCUUCCUGGAUGGGAAGAGAAACAUCUUCAAACUUGGAAACAAGUCCAGUGGAUUUUUUUUAUUUUUUUCAACUGAUGUUGAUGUUCAGAGGGUGCCAAAUUGUUUUAGGAAAAUAUUUUUCAAUUAUUCACUCCAGUUAAACAAAACGGAUCGACGGAUUUCACUAAGUCGGCAUUUUAUUACAUCUUUGCAAAGAGAGAACAAGACGUCAUACAGCCCUUAAUGCAUGGUAAUCAGCCCUGUUCUGAUCUGGCUAGUGUUUGUCUUCCUUACUUACAAUGAUGGAAAGAAGUCAGAGUCAAAACAAAUUACAGAUACUUUGGUUAAACAGUAAAAAUGUUAUGAAUAAAUCUUGAGAAAGGACCUGGCUUGUUAUGGGAAUAAUAAUAAUAGUAUAACUCAAUAUAUGAAAUAAGAGAAAUCUAAAUUUUCUGACUACACGGUCAAUGGACAGCUCCACUCCUCUCCAAGUGUAUAAGACAUUUGGCUGACGAUCAAAAGAUGUGGCUACAAAAUCGAUCACUGACCUCCAGCAGAGACGUUCCCACUACAAAGUGCACUGCAGGAUAUUCUUAUUAUUGGACAUGAUGUUCAUUAUGGACAACCCAUGGCUUGUACAGAAUUCCAGUGAUGGAACACCACUCAGAGCUGGGGGUUCAUUUCCCCCUUACCACAACCCUCCAGGUGUCACUGUCAUUUCCCAUACGGGUGUUGAAGCCCAAAGAAGAAUGACCAGAUUCCUGAGAGGGGCUCCCAUGCACCCAUGCAAGGAAGACUAUAGUGAGUUCACACAAAAUUUGUUAAGAGCGUCAAAAACAUUUAACGCCAAAAUUUGGAUGCUGCGUCAAACGCUGGUCGAGAUGUUUAGAUGCUCGGCGCUCUGGUUGUUUAUCUGCUCUGUACUUUUGUUACAAGCUAAGGAGCAGCUGGGCUUUAUUUACUUUGCUGAAUUUGGAGAAAAUUGCUUUAACUGUUUUAAGCAACAGAAUUCACCGCAAAACAUCUGUGCGGUUAGUUCAUCAGGAUCAUGAUCCAGCUAAAAUAUGCAGUUCUUGUUUGGAGCGCCAGACCUCCAGCAUAACAGCGGACGGCAGUGCUGGGAAUCCCAAAUGAAAGCACUCUGAAGCGGCCAGCCUAUCGGGGAUUUCCUGCUACCGUUCAAAGCGGCUGGAGUGAAUAUGGUUAAAUAUGAAUAAGGUUUGUGGUAAAAAAAAUGCAAGAACUACCAGAAUAUAAAAUCUAAAAUUUUUAGUUUAAUUUAGGUAUUUAUAAACUGUUUCAUAAAGAGGUGUUUUAGUGCAGCGAAUGAUCAGACCUCCACUCUUUUCCUUGAACAUAAUAAA